UUUUUUGAGAUAACCGUGAAUAUUUGUUGGAAUAUGUCUUAAAAGUAGAUCAUUUUAGAGCCUGAGAUACUCGUUUUUUAAAAAAUGACGUCGACUAAUACGAUAACAAAGACACAACUGCAGCCUACAAGAAAUUACGACUUUCUAUACGAUCCAUUGCACACACUAUCCAGUGACAGAGAUCAUGCCAGAGCCACGUUCAAAGCCCAUACAGAUGCAAGUAGAAUUAAACGUGUUCCAGUAUUCAAGACCAUGUUCAGCGAUGUUCGCAAUUAUCCACGAUAUCAAAUACAACUUGAUAGUACUGACCCUGUACCAAAAUUCAUCCCCAGACAAUGGAGAGGAUAUUCACAGCAAGCUAGAGACGCUAUUAACAGAUAUAAGAAAUUUAAUUAUGAUCCGUCCGUUCAAGUUCCUCCUAAGGUUUAUCCGGUAGCCGAUGUAGGUGGAGCAGACAGAUACAAGUUUUUCAGAAGACCGAUAAUUCCUUUUCUACAACCGGUUCCAGCCGAUGCGAUUUUGCAAACUUCAAACGAAGCCCUGGCUGCAACAGCGGUUCCACAUGAACAAGAUAUUGCACGUCCUCCAACACCAGCCACACGUACUGUAGAGGUCCAGACUGACUACAGAGAUGGCGAAACUCAGACAGAUCCAUACACGCCAGAGUUUGUCGUAAGACCAGGAUCUCAACCCGAGUUACUCACUCUUUCCUCGCUUUUGUACGGGCAGGGUUUGCCUGCUGGCCUCGCGGAAGUAGAGAUGAUAGAACGAGCUCGGGCGAAAAGGGCUUGGGAGGCUUCUUUGCCUGCUCUUAACGACAUGGAUAAUUUAGAGAAGAGAAGAAAAAUGAUGGACGAACAAGAAAGAAAGGAAUGGGCAUUUCGAGAAAGUGAAAUAGAAAAAUUGCAAGAGGCGAGGCUACAGGUCCUGGAGAAGAUUCUUCAACAACGUGAAGACGAGCACGCUGAAAUGACAACGAAGCGACUCAACAGAUUAUGGUCGGAUAAACAACAAGAAAAGGAUCGCAAGUUUCGAAAAUUGGAAGCCGAACACAUUAAAGCUGUACGAAAGGUUACAGAGAAACGAAAAUGUGUUGAGGGGAAGCUUGAACGACGAGAUGUGAUCAAAGAUUAUUCUAGCUACGACUCCCAAACUUACGCGCCCAUGUCUCGCGUUGGCGUUUUCCUCGAUCGUGGUUCGGAACAAUACGUUGUAAAAAGCAGUUAUUUAUCCUCCUAUCAAGGCCUUCUCGAACUCGAAGCUUCUCUGCCUGACUUUGUGACACGCCCGAGAGUUCAUGCCCCAAAGCCAAAAUCUGGCUCGAAAGGUGGUUUCGUAAAACGCAAACAGCGACGUCAGCAAGAAUUAGAAGAGGUUUCUAAAACAAUUGAGCAUUUAAAGAAACCUGCCGAACCGCCCAAACCUUUACGGUUCUUGGAGAAAGUUGAGAAACCGAUACCAAGACCUCCAACUCCUUCUGUUCAAGUCCCAUCUCAGGCAGAAGAAGAUGAGGAAUUGGCUGCUAUAUUCUUACAAAAAGUAUUACGUGGCAGAGCCAUCCAGAAUAUGAUGUAUGAAGGCAAGGAGAAGAGAUUGGAAUUGAUAAAAGAGCUGCAAAGUACGCAUGCGUUGCAACUGGCUGGCCAGAUGGAGAAACGAAGUGAACGUCAAUCUGUACUCAGUGAUCAGAGGAUGAGAAGACUCGACACGCAUAAGGAAUCCUUUAUUGACGAAGCUCUAUCUGAAUUGGAAGGAUCAACAGUUGCUGAUAUGUUUGAUUUCCUGAGCAAAGAAAUCAUUCGCCUUCAGGAGGCAAGGAGGAUUCAGGCGUUUGCGAUGCUUGCUGAAAGAGAGAGAAGGAUGAGAGAGGCAGAAGAAAGUGGAAGAAGACAGGUGGAAGAACGUCGCCGUAGAGAAGAAGACGAGAUAUUUAAACAGGUAGUUCAUGUUCACCAGAAAACAGUUACGACAUACCUCGAAGAUAUCAUCAUUGGAACGGUAGAGAAAACUGCUGAAGAACAGGCAAGACAAGAGAUUCAAGAGAAAGCUGUUAAAAUCAACGAGAUUGCCCAUGCGAUGGAAAAAACUAAGACACGGUUGCAGUCUGAGGAAAUUGUCUCUGAGUUGGUUCAUUCGUUCCUUCUGCCAGAAGUGCAAAAGAUAACUGUCAGGGAGAAAGUGCGGAGAAACCAACGUAAACAUCUCCUUGCUGCCCACAAAACAAUACAUAGUGGGGUGGACGACGUUACGCAAAAAUCUCUGCAAAAAGAUGAAAACAAUGAACGCGAAACAUAAGGCGAUCCUGAAUACUUGUACGUGCUUAUAAUUGUUCUGUACAGUGAUAAAUUUUAAGGUUAAAACAAUAUUAAUUUUACUCCAGUGAUAUGGUGUAGUAGCGAUCAAACCAUCAGACACUUGUGCUCGAUGUUAUACUAACUGGCAGCGACAGUUAUUUUCAUUUGGUAUUUCCCUUGAUGAACUUUUUCUGACAAGACCUUGCCCUGACUGGAAGACUUUUGUCUAAAGGGACUGAGAACUUUUUCGACGGAGACUAAACUGCUUAUUGCAUGCCUAUAAACUGUGAGACAGGACAAGACACCAUACAUAUCUCCAUCAUCACAAUUAGCAGUUGAACACAUAGGGCGCAACUAUAACCAAGAGAGGAUUUCCAUAGACCUUAUCCUCGCAGUCGCGGCUUGGUCACUGUCACUAGCUUCGAGACUGCUGAUAAAUGGUAAUAACCACGAAACCUCCUAAAUGAUCAAAAAACUGUCUACAUAUAAUCUUCCAACUCCAAAUUAAACAAUUUCUGACACUUUUUAGUGCAAGUGACGUGCAAUACUUAUAAUAUUAAUAUUAAUUUCACGACUCAUUGAAUUAUGAUCAACAUUUACAUAUUCCAAAGCGUGAACUUUCGACGCGCCAUGAUAUCGAUUGUCACUGUCGUCAAGGUCGGUGUCAAAUUAUUUUAUACGAGUUUUGCAGCGUUGCUUCACACUGUGAACUGCAUCUUGAGAAAUUGUGUAUUGCACGGAGUUUAGUAUCGCUAUAAAUAUGGCUGAUAUAGCACUACUGACACAUACAGGAAGUAUUUAAAGUUUCAAGAGUAUUAUCAAGAGAUACGUUGAUAUAUUGCUGUAGUGUGUAGUUUAUAUGGCCAUGUAAACAUUGAAUGCGAUCCUUGCAUCUGUCACUUUGUUGUUCCUUGAUCGAGCCAUGACCGGGCAAGUAACUUUGGAACAUUUGAGUGCUCAGUUUAAAAUUUACUUGCUUAUCUUGCAUACUAUCGUACUCGGAUGGAUUGUGCAUAUUCUCAUCACAGUGUUUUCUAAUAAAUUCGGAUCGAGUAAAUAUGUCGCAAAUAUUGCGAAGGAUGCUUCAUCUGUUCGAGUGGUGCACGUUGGUGACAAACGUGUGACUGUGGAGUCGUGUCACUGGCUAAACUCAAUUUUAUUAUGGUUAUAUAUGAAUGCCUCAAGUACUCCAGAUCUACUCAAGAUUUGGUUAACUAUGCUGAAUGAAAAGUUGAAGACUGAUAAGGACUCUGUGCAGUUCAGAAUAAAUGGUAUUGUUCCUGGUAGUUUGCCUCCUAUUUUAACCAAUGUGUAUUGUUCGAAUGGACACAGUA